GUUUGCAGUUGAAGUCAUUAACUGAUGGACAGUUCCUGUUGUGUCUCUGAGACAAAGCGGCGCUGACCGACGUGGCGCGAAAGAGAAAGCUCUGGAUAGCUGUGAUGAUGGAAGGGGGCAUUACAAGGGUUGCCCUUGCGUUUCCCUAGGAGAAAUUAUCGCAACCUUGAAUUAGUUGAGGAAAGUUUACUUCGCCUGAGCUCAUGAAAUUAUUUGGCAUGGGAUGGUUAGAAUGUUAACGCAUCUGUCGAUUCAUUCCUGGGUCCUGUGGAUGAUUCUGAUGCAUAUUCUGUUCUAGAGGAAUGUUCGAUCCUUCAACGUCAAUCUGUCCUGUUUUCAGCAAUUUCAGAUUGUGUGGAGAAAUGUGCCCUCGUCGACUUUUAUACUGUGGAUAACUUCAUGUUUCUUCAGGCCGUGGAACAAUGAGAACUGGGGAAAAGUUGGAUAUAAUUCCAGCAACUCUCAAAUCCAUCACUCCCGUUGAUACAAUGCCUGAGUAUCGUGACAAAUGGUUGACCAAUGAGGAAAUUGCGAGUAUUCUGCUGGGUGUAGAGAAGCACCCAGAAUGGCAGUCAGAGCAUGUGAUCAUUCGGCCAAGGAGCGGGUCAAUAAUAUUAUACAGUCGGAAUAGUAAAUAUCGUCAGGAUGGAUACGUUUGGAAGAAGCGAAGAGAUGGAAAAACUACCCGUGAGGAUCACAUGAAAUUGAAAGUCAAUAGUGUUGAGUGCAUCUACGGCUGCUACGUGCAUUCUGCCAUCCUUUCAUCGUUUCAUCGCCGGUCCUACUGGCUUUUGGAGAAUCCGGACAUCGUUUUGGUCCACUAUUUGAAUGUUCCCGAACGAAGUGCGAAUGACGAAGGAAAUGUUGGAUUCAAUUCGAGGGAAUCGUGGAGCUGUUCCAAAGAAGAAGCUGCUGCACAAAUCCAGUGCAUGCUUUCAAAUGGACACGGUUUUGGAUUCCGGUUCAUCAGCGGUUCAUCAGCUUCCACGCUUCCUAAUCCGCAAGGGAGUAUAAACGAUGUUUCAACUUUGAAGAAAACCAAAGAAGGAAUUCAGGAAUCAUCUAAAGUUUCCCUAUCUGGCCAAAAGGAGCGAAAACUUCUUCCUACCACUUCAAAACCAUCUUCCACUAAUAGUAGCCCGCACAACGGUGUUCUGCUUCCAUCCUCAAGUUUUGUGAUCUUGAAAAGUGUAGUACCUGUGAUACCAGCGGCACCUGUGUCCUGUCCUGAUCCAAAGUUACGAGAGAUUGCUGAGAAGCAUUUGGACCAGAACCUUUCUCCAUCUCCCCCAUCUUCUUCUUCAAUCAGCUCUGUCUUUCCAGACAUUGAUACGGCGUUUCUUCCAAACUUAUGGCCUCAUCAAGAUAGUAGCUGCGAAGACUCCGUAUACCAAGAUCCAAUGGAAGAUUUCUCGGGUUUGGAAGAGAUGCUCAAUGGAGGAAAGUCCAAUGAUGAGUUAAUCGGCGACCGCUCCUUUGUUCCGUUAUGCGAGGAUACGGUUCAGAAUAUCCCCGAAAUUCCCAGGAGGCUUCUCAGCCAGACCGGGGAAAACUUGCCCAAAAUUGAUUACAGAGAGGGCACAGCAAAAAUAACCGACUACUCUCCUGAAGUCGCGCCCUGCUCGGGUGGGACAAAAAUACUCGUCACUGGUCCUUGGUAUUCUGCGACUUGCCCGUAUUCUGUUCAUUUCGGGAGUGUAUCUGUACCUGCCGCACUGGUUCAAAGUGGCGUACUGAGAUGUUUCACUCCAAAACAUGCCUCUGGGAAGGUGGACGUACGAGUGGCUUGUGAGGGGUAUAUAAUCUCAAAUGUGGUACCGUUCACUUUUUCUGAAACUGGAUGCACUUUUGAUCACCAUCAAGAACGUUUUGGCGAACCGCUAAGCUCUGCAGAUUUGUCUCCCAUGAAACACAGUCUGAUCGGAAAACUGGAGAAGCUCGAAAUGUUCUUAGAACCUAGAGACAAACAAUGCGGCUCUAUAACGGAAAAAGCCUUGAUCAGUAUGUGUCACGGUAUGAUGAACCGGUCAUGGAAGCAUAGUGGUGAUGACAUGGAAAAUACGGGCUCAUCUGUACUGCAUCUCGCUGCCUGUCUUGGAUAUACACGAUUGGCGUGCACACUUCUUCACUGGAGAGCGGAAAGACCAAACAAAUUUUUGAAUGCUGAAGUGGACGAAAUGUCUUGCGACUUCUCAGGAAGUACUCCUCUGAUGCGGGCGUGUGAGUUUGGCCGAGAGGAGCUGGCAGUUACGCUUUACAAACUCAACCGAGCUGCCCUAGAAAUUGUAAGACCUACGGAUGGAGCCUCGCCAAUCGAAGCUGCGUUGAAAGCCGGGCACAAAAAAAUCGCAGAAACGAUCAGGCAGCUGGAGAAACAACGUGAAGCUUCGCAGAGAUCGGAGAAUCCGGAUGGAAUCCAUCCUGAAUUUUUCCAACCAUCUGAACCAUGCAGUUUGCGGCGGAGACAGUGGAGCUUGGAUUUGCCGUCGGAAUCGGGACCCGUGAUGAUGUGCAAACGGCCCUCAGUUGAUUCUGGGGUUUAUUUUCGUGAUUGGGGUUGGAGGCAGCCAGCUAUUAAAGGAAAUCGAGUGCAGGAAGAUCGAAUGGAUACCUCUAACUUCUCCAGUCUUCGCAAGUCUAGCAGCGUAAUUUUGAAUGAACUCCAAUUCAGAUGUUGCGAUAGAAGUAUGGGUUCGUCUUGUUCAUCGCCUCAAUCAGUAGCCAUGAACAGCCCUGGAGGAAGAAGUACCGGGUCCCCGUUGAGGCCCGGCUCAUCCUGCUUGUCUACUGCAUCUGGCUCUCCGACCACCGCAGAUUUCUUGGAAUUCUUCCGCGGAUCAUCGUGUGAAAGAGAUUUCUCUCGGUUAACCCUUUCGGAUCAUGAACAGCGAGAGUUGUACGCUGCGGUUUGCGUGAUUCAAAAGGCCUACCGUUCUUACAAAGGGCGGGUGAAAAAGCAAGAAGAACAGGAACGAGAAAGGACAGCCGCAAUCGUGAUUCAAAAUUUCUAUCGUCGCUAUAAACAAGUGAGGAGAACUAUAUCUCAAAGGAGGCAGCACCAGGCGGCGAGAAAAAUUCAGCAGUUCAUGCGACAGUCGCGGAAUAAAUUACAGAGAGAACGUGCUAUGCAAGCUACAGACCCUGGAAUUGCCCGAUUGGAAACGCUCAAUCAGCAGCCAAUGGGCCAGUGUUGCCAAAAGGAGCAGCAGAACUUUCAGUAUCAAUCCCUGGGCCUUCCCAGACAUCCUCAGUGACAGUCGGGCACAUUCAGCUAGUGGUUCUUUGAACACACUCUUACAGCCGACUGCCCUGUAAUCCUUUUUUUUUUUUUUACGAAUAUUAUUAUCCCCGAUAUUUAUGAAAUUUGCCUCAAUCAGGCUGCAUAGUGUCUUGUCAUUACUACUUACCAGUUUGGAAGAGAUUUUUACUUCAGAGCGGUUGGAUCUGAAAAAUUUUCUUGUACUACUGCUACUCAGUUUUCUGGUUGUGACGAGAUUUUGCAAGCACUAAUGAACGGGUUGUGUGUUUCCAACUGAGACACAUACAUUCGUAGACUUCAAGGGAAUCCUACAGUUUCGUAUUGUGAUAUUAAUAGGCACAGAUUUUUGUUUUACAACUCGCUUCAAAAUCCGUUGGUGCGACGCUAAGAUUUACUUGGUCAUUUUGUCGAAUACUCAUCGUUCUCUCGAAAAGAUUGAGCUUCACUCGUCGACACCGAGUUGAUUUCGGGAAUUUGUAUGCCUGGAAAGGGAUUUAAAAAUUUGGGAUUGCAUUGCAAAAUGGUGUAAAAUGUUGCUUGCCUGUGAUACAUUUAUCGGAUGAACCGAACGUUGCAGUAUCCCGCGAAAAAUGUUUCUUAUCAAAGAUCCCAAAAUAUGCGGGAUCCGUGAGAUGGAAUUUGCAUGUUUUUUUUUUUUUUUUCAUGUUCCACCAUUGAACGAAACCUUGUGACCUGAAAUUUAGGCUUUAGAUUAUCCCCAUUGUUUCGGAACAAGAGAACCGCAUACCACUUUAGUCCGGUGUGUUCUUGAAGUUUUUGGUUGUCGGGGCAGCUUUGAUUGUUACAUCCCUGUGGGUUGUACUUGGUCUUGGAUUGUUCCUUCGUCAUUUUUCAAAAUAUUGUGAGCUUUACAUUUCUUGGGGUAUGAUCAUGGAUAUGUGCAUGCCUAACUCAUCCCAUCCAUGACAUGUUUAUCUUGGGAUGCUCCCUUUCAUGUCCUAUCUCGUGGAAUACACUUGGGAUCAUCAAA